AUGGAGAAAGCCAAGCAAGCCGUUGCGAACUUUGUCUCCCGCGAUGGGAAGCACACGACGACGGUUGACGAGGAUGUGCGCAAGGCCGUCACCGAGGAGCACAUUCGCCCUCACGAGCAUGAGGAUGUCGUCACUGCGAUAGACAAGGAGAUUCACCAGGAUCACCACCACACUACUGUGCAGCCCAUUACCAUGAAGGAGACUUUGCCGGAGAAGCACACACACCACGCCAUUCCUGUGGAGCACAAGUCGUACGAGCAUGGAAACGAGAGGGAUGUGAACGCCUUCUUGGAGCGCGACGCUAGCAAGUACAGGAACAGCUCCGUUACCCACGAGACGACACACUCGUCUUCCACUGCUCCAGUCGUGUCCGGAGAGCACACGCACCAUCACGUUCACGAACACGUUCAGCCUGUCAUUCAAAAGGAGACCCUUGAGCGUCAUGUUGUCCACACGACCAUUCCGGUUCAUGAGAUUCACCACGCCGCCGCCGUACAGCAUGGCACUUCGACUUUGCCCCCAAAGACGCUGGAGGAGUUCACGAGUGGUCGCGGAACUCUGGAGGGCAGAGCCACAACCAAGGUCAAUGAAUUCGAGGGAUGCCCUAACAUCAGCCACAAAGACCUGCAUGCCAAGGAAGCAAAGUCGGCCGCUCAGGCCCAGGGGCUUGGCAAUCAUGUGUAA